AUGUUUCUCACAGAUUGUGUCUUUCCUGUCCUAGAUCAGACACUCUGCACAGUAAACAACAUGGAGAACGCGAUAAGCAACGUAACCAACGAUAACUAUCCGGAAGAAGCAGAUAACCAGUUUACUGAUGAUAUAUAUAGUUGUCCGCCUAUUAAGGAAAGAACUGCACUCGAAAGGACGGGCAAGAUAACAGCCCUUGUGGUAAUAAUAGCCACGUCCUUAGUGGGGAAUAUUUUGACAAUAUAUGUUACUCAACGUAAUAGGAAUAUGCGUAAAAUAGCAUACACCUUUGUGGUUAAUAUGGCCAUUGCAGACCUCCUCACCACCCUUAUUAACAUGCCCGAGACGCUUGUCGUUGAAAUACGAAACACAGACGAGUGGUUUGCUGGUAAUGUGGGAGUGGUUUUAUGUAAACUUCUACCCUUCUGUCAAGAGGUUUGUGCAUUUUGCGCCAUUCUUAGUUUGUUGGCAAUCGCGCUUGACCGAUUUUUGGCGAUUUGCUUUCCACUCAAGAGGAUCAUGACGCAGCGAAUCUCCAAGAUAAUUUUAUUGUUCUCAUGGCUUAUACCAAUUUUUGCCAGCGCGCCAAUGAUUGUAGCAAACAAUGUGAUUCAAGAUGAGGGAACGAGUUAUUGCGUGGAGGAGUGGCCUGCCCCAUUUGAUCCUGAUAAAUCGUCCAAUGACUACACAAUAAUACUUUUCGUAUUAUUUUACUUAUUUCCUUUGGUGGUCAUAUCGACCCUGUACAUUUGUGUUAUUUGUAAGAUAUGGCGAAGAAGAGCUCCCGGGAACCACUCGUCUAGAACAAAUCAAGUUUACUCAAGAAGCAGACGAAAAGCACUAAAAAUGUUCAUUGCAAUUGUUGUUUGCUUUGCACUUUGUUGGCUUCCAUACCACGUGACAUUUUUCCUUAUGUAUUAUAACGAAGAAUUUUACAAUUGUGGAACGCCUAGAGAUGUCUUUUUUAUCUCUAAAUAUUUUUCUCACGCUAUUAGCGCGCUGAAUCCAUGCAUAUACAUAAUCUUCAACAGAGAUUAUCGCAAUGGAGCCAAACGUGUGCUGUACUCUUGUUGCUGUAGAAACCCAUCUAUGCUUUACCCUCAAAGUAUGAAUACAGGCACUGUUGUUAACUCACGAACAGAAGAAAACGAAAACCACGAGAUGAAGACAUUUCAUUCACGUAGCCUUCGAUUGGGAAUCCAACGAAUUCGGAAUAGGAAAAUAAUGGUAUCAAAUGAAGAUGUGUCUUUAAAGGGCGAUAUAUUUCUCGUCAAGUACAAUCAAGGAUUUCUAAAGCAGGAUGAAAUCUAG